CAGAACGUAGACCACAAAAUGAAGUACCGUUCAAAGAAGGGGCAACUCCCGUUCGUCGAACUGAAUGGCGAAGAAAUCGCCGACAGUGCCAUCAUCAUCAAGGAGCUCUCGUCGAAGUUCGGUCACGACUUGGACGCCUGCCUGACCGCGGAGCAAAGGAACAUGGCACAUGCCACCAUCCUCAUGAUCGAGAACCACCUCGCGUGGGUGGUGAUGUGGUGGCGCACCAAGUACCCCGACCAGGUACUCAAGGGGUACAAAGUGAACCUGCAGCACGCACUCGGGACGAGGAUACCCAACGGGAUACUCAAUUUCUUCUUCAAAUUCGCAUUCGGCAGAAAGUGGUUCCAGGGAACGAAAAAGGUCAAGGCGCAAGGUAUGGGAGUCCACUCGGCCGAAGAAAUCAACGAAUUCGGACAGGAAGAUCUCAAAGUAUUAUCCGAAAUGCUGGCCGACAAACCAUUCUUCUUCGGAGAUGAACCCACCAAUGUAAGUUCGUUUAUACUAUUAUCACUUGAGAAAACUGAAUAUUUGACAUUCGAUAUUUUUGUUUUACAGGCCGAUGAAAAAGAAAAGGACAAAGCAAAUGAAAAAAUUACAGAAGAAAACAAAGACAAGGAAGGAAAAUAAAGUGUAAUUCUCUUAGUACCAUCGUCGAGGCAAAGUAUCUCUCUGAUUUUCUUUCUUUUACUCUUCAAAUACCUUUUUUAUAACUUAAACUAUGACCUACGUGCAACAAUCUAGUUUGUAAGGUUCUUAUCCAUUCACCUUUUCAUUUAUUUAACAGGCCGGGAAGAAUUCGAGUUCAUGGAUGGAAUUUUCAAAAUUGAAAAUAUCGGAUCUGAGUGGAGUUUCAAAUUCAUUUAACCCACAUAUUCAUAUCUGAAAGACUGUAUUGUGUUCUCUUUUAAAAUGUUCCAUAUCCUCCGAUAAUCAUUUCUUGGAGCUCAUUAUCAAAAGGUGCAAUUUCGCCCUGGAUCCUCACACAAACAUAUGCUCGAAUUUUGAGUAGCCCUGUAUAUUUGAAAUACUCUUGUCAUGACAAAUGAACGUAGCUUUUUUGUUUUAAUCAAGUAUAGAGGACAUUUUUAUUCAUCAUAAAUAUAUUCAUUACUAGUUAGGGUUGAUUGUUUGUAUAAAUAAUUUUAGCUAGAUUUUUUUAUCGUAAGCAAUUAUAGUACGUAUCUGAAACUUAGGCGGGAGGAGAUCCCUUCUGAGAACAACAACAGCGAAUCCGUCUUUCAACCGCCUUUGUUCAUUCAUGUUAGUACAGUCUCGAUGUAUGAAGUAUAAUAUACAGCCGUUAGAAGUACAUUGUAUUCAUUCCAUAUUUCAAUACUGCAUCACAAAAUUUUUCAUGAUUUUCUAUCGGUAUCUAGAUUUUUGUAUUUUUUUAUUGGACUAUUAAUUUUAAGGUUUCUGCUCUCUUGUGGACCAGAUUGGAAAUUUUCGGAGAGCCAUCUUCGAAGCUCAAUAGAUAGAAAUUGUUUUAAAAUUUUUAUUUAAAAUUGAUUGUACUAUUGAAUUACUGCAACUGUGUUGUAUGCUAUUUGAUUAAAGUCAUACCUAUUUUAAA